AUGUCCUCCACCAUCGCCUCCUCGCCUGGAAAGGUCCUCCUCGCCGGGGGCUAUCUCGUCCUCGAUCCCGUCUAUUCCGGAGUCGUCGUCUCCACCAGUGCCCGCUUUUACACCGCCGUCAAGGACCUAGACGAGGCCGAGACAAUAGCGCGUGCAAGGGCCGGCCGCCCUGUCCAGAUACGCGUCCGCUCGCCUCAGUUCGUCGACGCCACCUGGCUCUACUUUGUCUCCUUCGACGUCGAUGGCGUCCGUGUCGAGCAGGUCGCAGACAACGCGUCUACGUCGUCGAGCAAGAACAAGUUCGUCCACCUCGCUCUCCAGCGCACCCUCGCCCUCGCCCACCAGGUUUUAGGCGAGGGCACGCUCCAGAACAAGCUUGCGUACGGUCUCGACAUUACGAUCGUCGGCGAUAAUGACUUUUACUCGCAGCGAGCACAGCUAGCCUCGAAGAACCUCCCUCCCACUCUCGCCUCCCUCGCACAGCUCCCCCCCUUCAGCACGACGGGUGUCCGUCUGCCCGAGGUCCACAAGACCGGUCUCGGGUCCUCCGCGGCCCUCAUCACCUCACUCGUCUCUAGCCUGCUCGUACACGUUGGCGCCAUCCCGCGUGACUCCUUUGAGAACGAUACCGAGGGGGGUAAGGAAACCGCGAGCGCAGGCCGUCGCCUGGCGCAUAAUCUCGCCCAGUACGUGCACUGUCUCGCACAGGGCAAGGUCGGCAGCGGGUUCGACGUGUCUGCUGCGGUCUUUGGCAGCCAGAUCUACACCCGCUUCGAUCCUGCCGUGCUGCAGCCGCUCAUGGCCGACGAUAGCGUGAGCCCAAUCCGUCUUACCCCCGUUGAGCCGAAACUCAUUCAGCAUGUUCAGGCGACGGGUCCCCCACCCCUCCCGCACAUCUCGCAUGAAAAUCCUGCGUGGGACUAUCGCGUCGAGCCGUUCAGGUUGCCUCCACUUACGCGAUUGAUGUUGGCGGACGUGGAUGCUGGUAGUGACACACCGUCGCUUGUUGGCAAGGUAUUGAAGUGGCGCAAGGAAGAUAGUGUGACAGCGAACGCACUGUGGGAUGCGCUGAAUAACGUCAAUCGCGCGCUCAGCGCCGCGUUGCUGAAACUGGCGAAGAUGUACGAGCAGAACACAGCUGCGUAUGUGAAGGCGGUGAAAUAUCUGUCGACGCUGCAGACCGUGCAGUGGCUGGCAAUCAACCCAAAUCUCGCGCCGGCAGAUCAGGAAAUCAUGGAGGCGUUCGCGGAAGUCCACCAACUGUCUGAGGCGAGUGUGCUGGCCAUUUCGCGUGUUGACAUUCGCGCAAAGAUGCGCGAGAUGGGCAAUUUGUCUGGCGUGCCAAUCGAGCCACCAGAACAGACGAAAUUGCUCGACGGAUGCGUCGCUGGCGCCGGAGUCAUUGGGGGUGGUGUGCCAGGAGCGGGCGGUUAUGACGCGAUCUGGCUGCUAGUCCUCGAUCCCCUCAACUGCCCUCCUGCCGAGCUGCCUUCUAGUCGGGUCGAACGCGCCUGGACAAACUGGAAAGGUCUCGACGUGUCUCCACUCUCCGCGUCCGAGAGUGUCGCAAAAGGCGUGCGGCUUGAAGAAGCAGCACAAGUGCCCGGAUUGCAGGCACUCAUCGACGCACCUUGGUGA